GUUUUUUACCCCAAUUUUGCACUUUCGGAUACUUCGAAUACGUACAUGUGUUGAUAAUCCGGAUAACACACCUCACCAUUUUUCACCAGUCAAGUUUGGAGUCGGAAUCUCAAUGCUGCGUGCAUUGACCGUUCAUGUUGGACGUUGGCCAUGCGGCGUGGGUGCGUCCACCGCAACAUCGCUUCGUCCACUUGGCAUGAUGAGCUUUGGAACCAAGUCGUCGACUGGUUCAAAUAACGAGAGCCGCUCGGUUUACGUCGGCAACGUGCCAAGUACAUGGACCGUGGCGGACGUCAGAACUGCCUUGGCGACGUGUGGCCCCAUCGAACGUGUGCACAUGGUCAAGGAUCGCAAUACCAAGGAAUUUCGAGGCUUCGCUUUUGUCGAGUUUGUGGACACUAUCGACGCCACCAACGCCGUCGAGUUUGGCGAGACUUUGGGCAAGCAUCGGCUUGUGGUCCGGCCGGCAGCUUCGACUUCAUCGUCACCAUCCACCAAGUCUCCCCGCGACAGCAGCACCAGGACAUCGUCGUCAUCGAAAUCUUCGUCCACGACCCUUCUUCCUCACUCCAAGGACGAUACCACCCCCACCGUCUACUUCGGGAACCUGCCGCAUGGCGGGUCGACCGACGACGUGGUGUCGUUGUUUGCCGCCUGUGGCCCCAUUCGACACGUCCAUGUAGUUAAAGACUCUGUCAACCAGUCCAGAGGCUACGGCUCGGUGGAAUUUGAAGACGUCGCGUCUGUGACCGCGGCGUUGGCACUGGGUGGGCGGACAGACGUCGCCACCACCGAGCGCAACCGCCCGCUUAUAGUCAAGCGGCCCCACCAGACAAAAAUAGUCGGCGCCCCUUCAACGGUGGUGCUCGUCAAGUCGCUGGCUCCGGACACGACGGUGGAAGCGGUGGCGGAGGCGAUCUCCGCGACCGGCGCGAACGUGGCCCACGUGCACCUACAUAAGGAUAAGCAUACCAAACAGCCCAAGGGCACGGGGUAUGUGAUCCUGCAUGACACGGAGAGCAUGAAGAAAGCAACCAGCGUGCGUCAGAUCAACGACCACGACGUCCGGGUGGUGAUCGCCCAAGACAUUCCGGGCAUGGCAAAAACGCUGUACCUGGGCAACCUCCCGACCACAGCCACGGAGGACGACGUCCGCGACCUGUUCAGCAGCUGCGGCCCCAUCUACCAAGUGCGACUGGCGCAACGAUCAGGCUCUCCUCGUGUGUAUGCGCAUGUCCAGUUCGCAUCCGGGGCGUCCUUGGCAGCUGCCCGCCGCAUCAACGCGCCUACGAUCGGCGGCAAAAAGCUGUUUGUCCAAGUCGCGCUGGACGAGUAGUUAGAAUCCGUAGACUCCAUCGUAGUAGUACAUCGACCAAGCGACGGUGUUGUAUGUCUACUGUAAGUCGAGUAGUACAAGUGAUGGACCACCCAAUCGCUUUAUUUUAGCCAAUCAGAUGCAAAUAUGUACUUAUUUGAACCAAUCACAUGCAUAUAUACUACAA